CAUAAAAAAAAAUGAUGUGACGAUUGGUGACGAUUUUGCAUGAUGAUAGUGAUAGAAACUGAGAUAAACGUAUAAAUUAGGAAAAGGUCAUAGGUAAUAAAUAGUUUUCCUUGGAGUAAAGAAUCAAUUGGAGGAGCACCCUAUAUGUGUUGGUACUCAGUCUAUAUCCAUAAAGAGUAAGAAUUAAAGGUAAAAAAUGUCGUUAUUUAAUAAACCAAAAAGAAACAUACGCCGGCGUUCUUUCAAUGAGGAAUAUGAAGACAACGAAAAUAGAAUGGAGUCUGAUGAUGUCCAGCCAUCAGUUAAAUCUAAGCCGAAGAAGAAGGAAAAACCCAAACAAACGCUCCUCAGUUUUGGAGAGGAGCUAGAGGAAGCCGAUGAUGGGGAGGUUUUUAAAGUCAAGAAGUCAUCAAGGAGCAAAAAACUGAUGAAACAGCUCGAUCACGAAAGGAGAAAAAAGAAAGGUGAAGAGAAAAUUCAAGUGGACUCUGAGCAAGCGAACAUGUCUAUUAAGCGCGACAAUGAUUUAGAAAUAAAGACAGAUGAUCUAGUAGUUAAAAUUAAAAAUACUGCACCGCUUAUUUUAAACGGAAGAGCUGCGUUGGUCGCUGGAAAAGAUGAUUAUACUUCUGACGAAGAGGAUGAUUCAGCGGCACACAAGUUCAGGAAAAAUUUUACCAAAACAGAUCCUAUGAAAUUAUUUUUAGAAAGUGGAUGCAUUCCUGAUGCUGCGAUGAUUCAUGCUGCUAGAAAAAAACGUCAGAAAGCCAGAGAGCUGGGAACAGAUUUCAUACCUGUCGAAGAAGUACAGACUGAAGAAAAAGGAAAAUCGAGAUUGAUAAGAGAAGAGGAUCAUGAUCGUAGUGACGACGAUGAGUCCCAUGAGCGGAUGGACAUGACCGUAAAUGUAGAAGCGCGUGAUAAAGAGAAACGAAGAGAGGCAUUUUUAGCCUCACAAGUUCCAAUAAAAAUGUCUGAUGAUGAAAGUGAGCACGGUAAUGAGGAAGAAGAGUGGGAGGCUCAACAAAUACGUAAAGGAGUCACUGGCGCUCAAAUCGCUGCUGCUCACCAGGAUUCGAUUAUGCAACAACAGUAUUCUCUGGGUUUAAACAAUCAAUACGUAACUGGAACCGGAGUGCCUUUGGAAAUGGCCAUGAUGCCCGCACCUCCACCACCGCCGUGUAUUCAACCACCAGAUCCUACUAAAUUCGUCCCCGUGCCACCCGAAGAAAUCCUUGGGAGAAUGCGCUCAAGCGGGUCGAGUUUUAUUCAAGUGCAUCGCAAACGUCAGCAGGACCAAGUCCAGCUGAUAGAAGAGUUACAGCAGACGCGGAAGGAACUGGAUGAGGGUGAAGUUCGCGCGCCUCAACAGGCUCAGCGCUUCAAAUAUUACCAAGAGUUGCGUGGGUAUGUCACUGACUUGGUAGAGUGUCUUGAUGAGAAGCUGCCAAUGGUGAUCGGACUGGAGCAGCGGUGGCUAAAUUUGUACAGCGAACGUUCUACUGAACUUAUGGAACGACGUCGUCAGGACACACGCGAUCAAACUGAAGAAAUCACUUCCGCUUCGAGAGGACAAGUUAUGAGAAGAGGCCCAGAAGAUGACGCGCGUAUUCGACGGGCAACCGAACGUGAAGGCCGACGAGCACGACGACGCAGAGCUCGCGAACUCAUGCAAAAUGUCCCGAAACAUAAUGACGGGAUGUCGAGUGACGAUGAAGUUACUGAGCAACAAAAUCUUGCUUUUAAACAAGCGAAAGAGGAAAUUGACGAAGAAAGCAGAGAUAUUUUUUCUGACGUUAUGGAUGACUUUUGUACCGUCCGAGGCAUUUUAUCUAAAUUAGAAUCCUGGAGAGAAACAGACAUGGAGGCUUAUACAGAGGCUUAUGUUUCAUUAUGUAUUCCGAAAAUGAUUUCACCAAUUGUGCGAUUACAACUUAUUACAUGGAAUCCGUUAAUGGAAAGUACUGAUUUAGAACGUACCAAGUGGUAUAAUUCAUUACUACUCUACGCGUUGGAUCAAAAAGAAACAGAAGAAUCUCUCAGGCGUGAUCCAGAUGUCAGAUUAAUACCACUAGCUAUCGAAAAAAUAGUUAUUCCAAAAUUAACUUCUAUUGUGGAGAAAAUAUGGGACCCAAUGUCCACAUCACAAACUUUACGACUCGUUGGUACCGUCCGUCGUCUUAUCAUAGACUAUCCUAAUCUUAACGAGAAAAGUAAACAGUUACAGCUGCUUUUCACUGCUAUCUUAGAAAAAAUAAAAGCUGCCAUUGACAAUGACGUAUUUAUGCCUAUUUUUCCAAAAAUUUUGGAUCCUAAACAUCCGUUCUUUCAAAGACAAUUUACAAUGGCCGUUAAAUUACUGAGAAAUAUAUUAAGUUGGCAAGGAUUACUUGGCGACAAUCAAUUGAAAUUAUUAGCAAUAACUUCAUUACUCAACCGCUAUCUUUUAGCAGGAUUAAGAUUUUCUCCAGCAGUAGACGCUUUAAAUAAAGCGAACAUGAUUAUGACUACUCUACCCCGGGCAUGGCUUCAUGGGGGUACCAUUGAAGAUUUAAAUAUGUUUGCAACACUUAUUAAUCAACUAAGUGAUAAACUAGAUCAAGCCAACCCAGCCCACCAUGAGGCCUGGGAAUACUCUCAAUCAAUUUUGCGAUUAAUAAAACCAUUGUAAAAAAUCCAUAGGCUACUAAACAAAAAAAAACUAAUCAGUAGUUAUGUUUAAAAAAAAUAAAUAAAAUAAAAGACAAAAAUAACAUCAAAUGCUUUGUACAUUCUGACUAAUUACCGUAUACUUUUAAGUGUUAAAUUAAAUUUAACAAUACCAGUAAAUUUGUAUAGAAUUUAUUUGAAAAAAUAUUUUA